AAACAUAAACGCCAACAAAACCGAUGCUGCCGAACGGUGAACAAGAGCAAAUGAUCUUUCCUCAAUGAGAGCAGUUUCCCCCGAAGCCGAGCAACUGCAGCAGGAGUUAUCACCAUGAGGACACUCGACCGAUCCGUAGUGAGCAGUGUGCUAUGGUCAACAUGCCUGUUGGCCUUGCACUUUACGAUACCAGCCACCGAUGCCGCCGAAUCCAGCUUGAUGAGCCAUGUCGAAAAACAACGCUACGAUGGAUGGUACAACAAUUUGGCCCAUCCGGACUGGGGAGCUGUCGAUAACCACCUGACAAGGAAAGCUCCAUCCGCGUAUUCGGAUGGUGUGUACGUGUUGGCCGGUGCCAAUCGACCCUCGCCUCGUAAGCUCAGUCGACUGUUCAUGCGUGGUACAGAUGGUCUACCAUCGAUGGAAAACCGUACCGCUCUGCUGGCCUUCUUCGGUCAGGUAGUGACGAACGAGAUAGUGAUGGCGUCCGAAUCGGGCUGUCCCAUCGAGAUGCACCGCAUCGAGAUCGAGAAGUGUGACGAAAUGUACGAUCGAGAGUGUCGCGGCGAUCGAUAUAUACCGUUCCACCGUGCGGCAUACGAUCGAAAUACGGGCCAGAGUCCAAAUGCGCCCCGCGAACAAAUCAAUCAGAUGACAGCUUGGAUCGAUGGUAGCUUCAUCUACAGUACGUCGGAGGCAUGGCUGAACGCGAUGCGAUCGUUCCAGGACGGCGCACUGCUGACGGACAAGCAGGGCACGAUGCCGAUAAAGAAUACAAUGCGCGUUCCACUGUUCAAUAAUCCUGUGCCGCAUGUGAUGCGGAUGCUUAGCCCGGAACGGUUGUACCUGCUGGGUGAUCCUAGAACCAACCAAAAUCCGGCCCUGCUCUCAUUCGCCAUUCUCUUCCUACGUUGGCAUAAUGUGGUAGCGAAGCGUGUUCGCCGACAGCAUCGAGAUUGGAGUGAUGAAGAAAUUUUCCAACGCGCACGCCGUGUUGUGAUCGCUAGUCUGCAAAAUGUGAUCGCCUACGAGUACCUGCCAGCGUUCCUGGACAAGGAGUUACCUGCGUACGACGGUUAUAAGGCCGACACUCAUCCGGGUGUAAGCCAUAUGUUCCAGGCUGCUGCUUUCCGAUUUGGACAUUCGUUGAUUCCACCGGGACUGUUUCGCCGCGACGGUCAAUGCAACUUCCGUCGUACUAAUAUGGACUUUCCUGCGCUUCGUCUUUGUUCUACAUGGUGGAAUUCUAACGAUGUGCUUGACAACACACCGGUGGAAGAGUUCAUCAUGGGCAUGGCAUCGCAGAUCGCCGAAAAGGAAGACCCUCUGCUGUGCUCGGACGUACGCGAUAAAUUAUUUGGUCCGAUGGAGUUUACUCGACGGGAUCUAGGUGCGUUGAAUAUUAUGCGCGGUCGUGACAACGGGCUUCCAGAUUAUAACACAGCGCGUGCUGCUUACCGACUGCCGAGGAAAACAAAUUGGCGUGACAUCAACCCGCAGGUGUUUGAACGGCAGCCUGAACUACUGGAGUUGCUAAUCAAUACGUACGACAACCAGCUGGACAAUGUGGACGUUUAUGUUGGUGGUAUGCUGGAGUCCGAUGGCAGACCUGGGGAACUGUUCUCAGCUGUCAUAAUUGAUCAGUUUACGCGGAUCCGUGAUGCCGAUCGGUUCUGGUUCGAGAAUGAAGAUAACGGCAUAUUCACCAAAGAAGAAAUAGCCGAAAUACGAAAGUUUACGCUUUGGGAUAUCAUCGUCAACAGUACGGACAUCGAGGGAGAUGAAAUUCAGCGUGAUGUUUUCCAUUGGAAGCAGGGUGAUCCCUGCCCGCAACCGGAACAGCUCAACGCAACAUUGCUGGAACCGUGCAACUAUCUCGAGGGAUACGAUUAUUUCUCCGGCUCAGAGCUAGCAUAUAUUUACUCUUGCGUCUUUUUGGGUUUCGUACCCAUUUUAUGCGCCGGUGCCGGAUACUGCGUGAUUAAGCUACAGAACAGUCGACGCCGUAAACUGAAAAUCAAACAAGAAGCCAUGAAAAACACUGCCAACAGUAAAGUAUCGGUGGAAAAAAUGGUAGCCAGGGAGUGGUUGCACGCAAAUCACAAAAGACUGGUGACAGUCAAAUUCGGACCGGAAGCGGCAAUCUACACAGUCGAUCGCAAGGGCGAGAAACUUCGCACCUUCAAUCUGAAGCACGUUGAGGUGGUGACGGUAGAACAGUCGCAAGAAAACUACAAAGCUAAAAAACCGUACAUUUUGCUUCGUGUACCGAACGAUCACGAUCUGGUACUGGAACUGGAAUCGAACUCAGCGCGUCGGAAGUUUGUGAAAAAGUUAGAGGACUUCCUUGUGUUACACAAGAAAGCUAUGACUUUCGUGGAGUCGAACCGCGACCUAAUGUUGGCCAAGGCUGAAACACGUGAGCGUCGCCAAAAGCGGUUGGAGCACUUCUUCCGUGAAGCGUAUGCUCUGACGUUUGGAUUACGACCAGGAGAACGGCGACGCCGCUCAGAUGCAUCAUUGGACGGUGAGGUAAUGACGGUGAUGCGCACCAGUUUGUCAAAGUCGGAGUUUGCGGCAGCGCUCGGUAUGAAACCGGACGAUAUGUUCGUUCGGAAGAUGUUCAACAUCGUCGAUAAGGACAAAGAUGGAAGAAUAUCCUUCCAGGAAUUUUUGGAAACCGUGGUGCUGUUUUCGCGAGGCAAAACCGACGAUAAACUAAGGAUCAUAUUCGAUAUGUGUGACAACGAUCGAAACGGGGUGAUCGAUAAGGGAGAGCUGAGUGAAAUGAUGCGGUCAUUGGUUGAGAUCGCUCGAACCACAAGCGUAACUGAUGAACAAGUCAACGAGCUGAUCGACGGCAUGUUCCAGGACGUUGGUCUUGAGCAUAAAAAUCAUCUAACCUACGAGGAUUUCAAGCUGAUGAUGAAGGAAUACAAGGGAGACUUUGUUGCGAUAGGCUUGGAUUGUAAGGGAGCUAAGCAGAAUUUCCUCGAUACAUCCACCAAUGUGGCUCGCAUGACGUCGUUCCACAUUGAACCGAUUUCGGACUCGCGUCGACACUGGAUGCAAGAAAAGUGGGACAGCUAUACGACCUUCCUCGAGGAAAACCGUCAAAACAUCUUCUACCUUUUCCUGUUCUACGUUAUCACCAUCGUAUUGUUUGUGGAGCGAUUCAUUCAUUAUUCGUUUAUGGCUGAGCACACUGAUCUACGGCACAUUAUGGGCGUCGGUAUAGCCAUAACACGUGGGUCUGCUGCUUCGCUAUCUUUUUGUUAUUCCCUUUUACUGCUCACAAUGUCCAGAAAUCUACUGACGAAGCUCAAAGAGUUUCCAAUCCAACAGUACAUCCCGCUUGAUUCGCACAUACAAUUCCACAAGAUUGCUGCCUGCACUGCGCUGUUCUUUUCGCUGCUUCACACCGUGGGACACAUCGUGAACUUUUACCAUGUUUCUACACAAUCAAUAGAGAAUCUUAAAUGUCUCACAAAAGAAGUGCACUUUACAUCCGAUUAUCGACCCGAUAUAACGUACUGGCUGUUCCAAACCGUCACCGGCGUUACCGGAGUCAUGCUGUUCGUCACAAUGUGCAUCAUAUUCGCCUUUGCCCAUCCAACCAUUCGCAAGAAGGCGUACAAGUUCUUCUGGAAUGCACAUUCUCUGUACGUGGUGCUGUACGCAUUGUGUCUUGUGCACGGGCUUGCACGAUUGACCGGUGCUCCUCGGUUCUGGUUGUUCUUUAUUGGACCCGGCAUUGUGUACACACUGGAUAAGAUCGUGUCGCUUCGCACGAAGUACAUGGCAUUGGAUGUCAUUGAAACCGAUCUGCUACCAUCGGACGUCAUCAAGAUCAGGUUUUACCGACCGCCAAAUCUAAAGUAUCUUUCCGGCCAGUGGGUACGGCUAUCGUGUACCGAGAUAAAGCCAGAGGAAAUGCACAGCUUUACACUCACAUCGGCACCACAUGAAAACUUCCUCAGCUGUCACAUUAAAGCCCAGGGUCCGUGGACAUGGAAAUUGCGCAACUACUUCGACCCAUGUAAUUACAAUCCGGACGAUCAGCCGAAGAUACGCAUCGAGGGACCGUUCGGUGGGGGCAAUCAGGAUUGGUACAAGUUCGAGGUCGCUGUUAUGGUUGGUGGAGGAAUCGGCGUAACACCAUAUGCGUCGAUCUUGAACGAUCUGGUGUUUGGCACAAGUACCAACCGUUACUCGGGAGUAGCCUGUAAAAAAGUGUACUUCCUCUGGAUUUGCCCAUCGCACAAGCACUUUGAAUGGUUUAUCGAUGUGUUGCGAGAUGUGGAGAAAAAGGAUGUUACGAACGUGCUGGAGAUUCACAUUUUCAUCACACAAUUCUUCCACAAAUUCGAUCUUCGAACUACCAUGUUGUAUAUUUGCGAAAACCACUUCCAACGUCUCUCGAAAACGUCCAUGUUUACCGGGCUCAAAGCAGUGAACCAUUUCGGACGUCCGGAUAUGUCCAGUUUUCUCAAAUUCGUACAAAAGAAACAUUCAUAUGUUUCCAAGAUCGGAGUCUUCUCCUGCGGACCACGGCCUCUUACAAAGAGUGUCAUGUCGGCGUGCGAUGAAGUGAACAAAAGCCGCAAAUGGCCAUACUUCAUACAUCAUUUCGAAAACUUCGGCUAAA